CAUUGUGCAACUAGUGAUUACUUGGCUCUCAAAUAUUCCCCCAAUCCACAACAACAUUUCUAGGGUUUACUUUUCCUAAUCUUCAUUGAAUUUUCCGCCCAAUUUACUAACAACAAAAAAUUUCUUCAACUCUUCAUCAUCUUCAAUACAAAAUUCAACCUUUCUUCUCCAACAUUCACUGUUAUAUGAAAUUUCAAGUCAAUUUCUAGAGAGAGAGAAACAGUAAUGGCCGAUGAAAACUCACCGAGCAGCAGAGAUCGGGAGCUCCUGAUACCUGUCGCCACCACCGUUGACCAUGCCGGCGCCGCGUCGUCGUCAAAACCCUCGCCGGCGUCCAGUUCACCGUCGCAUAACUCCGGCCGUGAGACUUUCUCUAAAGUUGUGAGAAGUUGGGCUUCUAAAAAGUUCAUGACAGGGUGUGUCAUUCUAUUGCCAAUUGCUAUUACCUUCUACAUAACAUGGUGGUUUAUACAUUUUGUUGACGGGUUUUUCUCUCCAAUCUACGCUCAACUCGGCAUAGAUAUAUUUGGUCUCGGAUUUAUGACUUCCAUCAUGUUCAUAUUUUUGGUGGGGGUAUUUAUGUCAUCUUGGUUGGGUGCAUCUGUUCUGAGCCUUGGAGAAUGGUUUAUUAAACGAAUGCCGUUUGUUCGUCAUAUCUACAAUGCAUCUAAGCAAAUUAGCGCUGCAAUAUCUCCAGAUCAAAACACGCAGGCGUUUAAGGAAGUCGCUAUCAUUAGACAUCCUCGUAUUGGUGAAUAUGCAUUUGGGUUUAUUACUUCAUCCGUCAUUCUACAGAAUUAUUCGGGGGAGGAAGAGCUGUAUUCGGUGUAUGUCCCAACAAACCAUCUUUACAUCGGUGAUAUUUUCUUGGUCAAUUCGAAGGAUGUUAUCAGACCUAACUUAUCUGUUCGUGAAGGAAUCGAAAUUGUGGUAUCUGGAGGCAUGUCAAUGCCGCAAAUGUUAUCGACUUUGGACUCGAGUGUUAACGUCGAAAGACCUAGAAACAACAGAAGUUGAGGAGACGGAGAUGAGAAGGUUCUAGAUGUAAGUCGAGUUAAUUUCAGCCAUUGGAUUAAGCAAUGGUUUGUUAGCGAGUUUUAUUCAAUUAUUGUUAGCAAUGAUAUCCGAGUGAGUUAGCAUAUACGAACACAGAGAAAUAGUAGUUGUUUAUGGUGGUUGAUAGAGGGGCGCGAUUCUAUAUUGUUUGUUUUUAUACAAGUAGCUUCAAGUGGUCUUGAAACUAAUGAGCCUAUGUGAUUUAUGUAGAUAAAGGCUAGAUUUGGCUUGUUUUACCUAUUUGAUAUUCAUUGGGCAUAACUUAGUUGUGUU